CCGCGUCGCUGGGGUUCUGGUCGUCAGCGAUCAAUGCCGCUAUGGACGGUAAUUUGCAUGCACAGCAACAACAGCAGCAGCAACAGCAACAGCAACAGCAGGACCAGGCCUUGGUACCAUGACGACCAUCCCCGAAAAUCAAAUGUCUGGCUCAGCGCCUUCCUCCAACUCUUCAUCAUCCUCGGACUCAGCACAAGCGGCCACGGUGGCGGCCAUUGCGGCGGCCAUGGGGUAUGCUGCGUCAGACCACGGCAUGGUGCAGGGCCGCGCCGCUCGCGCUCAUAUGCAUAUGCCUCAAUCCAUGAUGUUUUCAUCGACAGCAACACCCGACAGCGCGCACUUGUUUGCUAAUUCUGAGCCGUCCUUUAUCUCAGCGCCAGCACUCAUGUCAUCUGCGGGUGGCGAGCCUACCCAUAUCAACUCGUAUUUUGCGCUCAAUAUGCCCGACACUAGUUCGCGGAAUCAGCAGCAGCAGCAUGCGUUUACGCCUUCCUUAAUUAAUGGCGGAUCAUCUGCCAAUCAUUCAAUGGGUACGGCCUCGGCUUCAGAUGCGCAAGCAGCCGCCUCGAUGAUGUUUGAGGCUAUCAGCCAGGCUGCCGCCGCUGCGCAAGUAGGAUCUAUCAAUUCGCAUACGCCAGGAAUCCUGCACCAACAGACCUUGCAGUCAAUGCAGCCGCUGCCACCACUAAUGUCUGCGGGUUCGCGCCGCAAUAGCGCUUCGGCUUUGGAGCCGGCAGCGGUGGCGGCAGCUAUGAUGAAUCAAAAGUAUGUCAAUGAUAUGGGCGCUGCUGCGGCAGCGGCGAUGGAUAUGCCCUUGGAUAUGCAGAUGGUGCAUAUGUUCAGCCCAUUUUACCAGAACUCACCGUCCUCAAAAGAGUUUUUCCACUUGGGCGAUGUGCAAAUGGGCGAGCAGCAGUCUCAGCAACAGCAGCAGCAGGGCAAUAACGCGCAGUCGAGACUCAGUGAGGGCCCAAGUAAAGAGCGAAGGAAGAAUAAUAGUUCGACUGAUAUGCCUAUGGUGUCUUUGGGUUCCACUUCAGCGGCAGUGGCCACGCAAAUGGGUGGAUUCAGCUCCAGUGAUAUCACUGGUGAUCCCUCUCAGUCAAACCUGAUGACUGCCAACAACAACAGCAAUGACUCGAUGGCGAUGGAUAUUGGACUAGGGGGGGGAGGUCUGCAUUUGGUUAACGCUUUUAACAAACACCGGCACGCGGGAGGCACCAGUCAGCUGCCGAUACUCAAUCACCAGCAGCAGCAGCAGCAGCAGCAGAAUGUGUGGUCUCAAGAACUCACGGCUCUUGGUGGGAUGCUGCCGCCUCAUACUAUCUCGCAUGAUGGCGGCACGCAUGGAUUGAACCAGGGGUAUGGGAACUUACAACGUCUUUACACUCCUCAGCCGACGGAUUUGGCGCAGUUCCAGUUAUUCCAGAGCCACUCUCCACAUAUAUUAUCUGCACCCACGUCUUCUGUUAAUCUUAACGGCAACGGCAACGGAAACAACAACAACGAUGAUGGUAGUCCUCGGUACCAGCGGCAGUUUUUCUCUUUGCAACAGCAACAGCAGCAACAGCAGAGGCGCGGGAAUAACAGCAUUAUGCAGUGCCCUAUUCGUACGUGCAGCCAGGGGUUCAGCGACGCCAAUGCGAUGAAGCAUCAUUUGAAUUUCGACCAUACGCGGGAAGAGGCUGUUUUGGCAUCAGGCAAUAGAGGAGGUAGUGGUGGUGGGGGCAUCAGUAGUAGUCCUGGAAGUCCCAUGGAGCCUGGGUUCCUAUCCACAUUGGCAGCCAACAACUCUGCUGCUGCAGCUACUGCCGCUGCUGUGUUCAACCAGCUUCCACACUCCACCAACUCCAGCAGUAAUGGCAACAGCAGUGCCAUACCGCAGCCAUUCCAGCACCCCAUGAUUCAUAUAGGGUCGGAUACAUCUUCAGCAGGAGCGGGAGCUUCUUCAGCGGUGAAUGACCGUCAAAAGGCGCCUCACUGGGUAGAUCCCAAUCUGUGGAGUAUGUGGAUUGCAGCGGCGAAUGGGCAAACAGACAGUAUUACAGCGGCGGCGGCGGCUACUGCCAUGGGUGUUACUCCGGGUGUAGUUGGUCCUUCAGGAUUUUUUACACAAAUGCCUUCCUCUGCUAGUUCCAAUGCUACCAGUCAGAUGGGUGCUGCGCAGACAACCGGGUUCUCGCAUUAUCAGCAUCCCACAGAUAAUGAGCUUCUGCGUAUGUUUGAUUCGGUCACUAGGAAUACCACGACCACUGCGGCGGGAUCAGCGACAACAUCAAUGUCGAGAGGAAAAUAAGCCCACAUAUCUGUUUUUAAUAUAUCAAUUCAAAUACAUUAGUAAUAUUUUAUUUUAUUUGCUUAAACAUA